CCAUAAUAUCCAAUUUUAAAAAACAAAAUCUUAUUAAAUUGGAUUAUAGUACUGUUUUUCUUGCAUAUUUCAUUGUAAUUAUUACUGUUUAAUAUUUUCUUGAAAUUGUGAUGAUAUAUAUAAUUGCAUUUGAGCAGUAAAAUUCAAUUUUUAGUAUUUGUUAAUUGUAUAGCAGUAAAAAUUCAAUGUUUAAUAUAUGUUAAGUGCAUUUGAGCAGUAAAAAUUCAUAUGUUUAAUAUAUGUUGAUUGCAUUUGAGCAGUAAAAAUUCAAUCUUUAGUAUAUGUUAAGUGCAUUUGAGCAGUAAAAAUUCAAUCCUUAAUAUAUGUUGAGCAGUAAAAAUUCAAUGUCUAAUAUAUGUUGAUUGCAUUUGAGCAGUAAAAAUUCACUCUAUAAUAUAUGUUGAUUGCAUUUGAGCAGUAAAAAUUCAAUCUUUAGUAUAUGUUAAUUGCAUUUGAGCAGUAAAAGUUCAAUCUUUAAUAGUUAUUAUAAUAUAUGCCGUAUGUUAAUUGCAGCUUUGAAUUGUUCUUAAAUGAAUCUUGAAAAUCACCAAAUGGGUGAGAGAAAUGAUAAUGUGAAGGAAAAAAGAUUAGUUUUUGUAACAGUCGGGACGACUUGUUUUGAUGCAUUAGUAAGAGCAAUGGAUACAACAGAAGUUAAGAAUGAAUUAUUCAAGAAAGGUUACACUGAUAUUCUUAUUCAAAUGGGGCGUGGAUCGUACAUUCCCACAAAAUCGACUGCUGAAAAUGGUUCCCCAGCUCUGGACUACUUCACAUUUUCAUCAAGCAUAGCUGACUACUUGAAGUCAGCAUCACUUGUUAUCAGCCACGCAGGUUCAGGGAGCAUAUUUGAGACAUUACGCCUGGGCAAACCGUCAAUAGUGGUAGUCAAUGAGGAUCUAAUGGACAACCAUCAAAGCGAGCUCGCAGAGGAACUGGCUGAGCGAAAGCAUUUGUAUUGUGCUCGUCCACAAACGUUAUACAAGACUAUCUCGGAUAUGGAUCCGGGGUCUCUUGUUCCAUAUCAACCAGGUGAUGCAAACACAGUUGCUAAACUUAUUAAUAGAUAUCUUGGUUUCCCAGAUGAUUAAUGGGAACUGGUUGUUCUGUGUAUUUGACAUGCACUGAAGUUCAGUUGUAUGUAAUUUAUAUGGCCUAAUUUUUUAUCUUCAAGUAUUCUGUAGUAUUAUGGGAGCCUUGGCAUAACGGGUAAAGUUGCUGUCAUGUGACCAGGAGGUCACGGGUUUGAGCCGUAGAAACAGCCUCUCGUAGAAAUGCAGGGUAAGACUGGGUACAGACCCUUGUGGUCAGGCCCUUCCCUGGACCCCGUGCAUAGGGGGAGCUUAAUGCACCGGGUUGCCCCUUUUUAUUCUGUUAUAUUGUUCCUAAUGGUGUUUAACGUAAUUGAAAAACUCUCACAAGAGGCAAUCACACUUCAAACUUGA